CUGGUGCUUCACUCUGACGUCAGUUAACUGUCAUGGCGGCUCCCUGUCGGAGGUUUAGCUCACGGUGAAACUGUUUUCAGGAUGAGCUGAGAGGACAAACACGUCGCUGACAGGUAUGAAUGUGAUGUCAUCAGUGGUGCGAGGGGCCCGGCGGCUCGCCCACGCUGACCCGGCUCUGCUCAACAACUUCCUGUCUCUGCCCCUCCUCUGUCCUACCCGGAGCUCCGCCCCCGUGCUCACCUGUCCACAGAGCAGGCGGUUCGCCUCCAAACAGGUCAAAGGUCAUAAGAAGGAGAAGAAGACCCAGAAGGCGAAGUCCAAAGAGGACAAACAGGAAGUGGAGAUCAGACAGACGAUGACGGUGGCGGCGCUCGCCAAGGCCAUGAACAAAGACUUUGAUCACGUGGUGGAGGCUCUGCUGAACACGGCGGUGGACCUGGACUCUCUGGAUCCGGACUCGGUUCUGGACGAGAGGUGGAUCAAGGAGGUGGUGACUCGCUCGGGGAUGAAGUUCAGAUGGGCCAAACUGAGCGAGAGCCGAGAGCGAGUCAACAAAGACGCACGCAGGAGGCCUCCAGCCGACCCGUCCAGCCUGAAGCCCCGCCCCCCCGUGGUCACCAUCAUGGGUCACGUGGAUCACGGUAAGACGACCCUGCUGGACAGUCUGAGGAAGAGCCAGAUCGUUUCCACGGAGGCCGGAGGAAUCACGCAACACAUCGGAGCCUUUCUGGUCCAGCUGCCUACAGGUGAGAAGAUCACCUUUCUGGACACUCCGGGUCACGCUGCCUUUUCCUCCAUGAGAGCCCGUGGAGCCAACGCCACGGACAUCGUGGUCCUGGUGGUGGCGGCCGACGACGGCGUCAUGAACCAGACGGUGGAGUCCAUCCAGCACGCCAAGAAAGCCAAAGUCCCGGUGAUCGUGGCGGUGAAUAAAUGUGACAAACCGCACGCCGACCCUCAAAGAGUCAAACAGGAACUACUCGCUCAUGACAUCGUCUGCGAGGAGUUCGGAGGAGACGUUCAGUCGAUCCAUGUCUCCGCUCUGAAGGGUGACAACCUGCUGGCUCUGGCCGAGGCCACGGUGGCGUUGGCCGAGGUUUUGGAGCUGAAGGCGGAGCCAACUGGCGCCGUGGAGGGGCUCAUCAUCGAGAGCCGCACGGACAAAGGCAAAGGUCCUGUGACGACGGUUAUCAUCCAGCGGGGAACGUUGAAGCGAGGUUGCGUCCUUGUGGCGGGGAAGAGUUGGGCUAAAGUUCGCUUCCUGUUUGACGAGAACGGGCGGGUGGUCACGGAGGCGGGGCCUAGUGCAGCGGUGGAGGUGGUUGGCUGGAAGGAGCAGCCGUCUGCAGGAGAGCUGCUGCUGGAGGUGGAGUCAGAGCAGAGGGCGAGGGAGGUGACGGAGUGGAGGAGUUAUGAGGAGGAGCUACAGAAGCUGCAGGAGGAGCAGGGCGCCAUCGAGAACAAACAGAAGCUUCACCUGGAGGAGUACAGGAAGGAGAGGGCGGGGCUUGAGCACCUGACCUGGAGGCAGAGGAAGUGGGCUAAGUACAAAGCCAACAGGACGCAGUACGCCACGAGGCCGAGCGAGAAGAUACAGAGCGACGAGCCCUGCCUGCCAAUCAUCAUCAAAGGAGACGUGGACGGCUCGGUGGAGACGCUCCUGAACAUCGUGGACAGUUACGAGGCGGAGCAGCAGUGUCAGCUCGACGUGCUGCACUUCGGCGUCGGAGACAUUUCAGAGAACGACGUCAACAUGGCCGCCACCUUCACAGGGUCGAUAUACGGCUUUAAUGUGGCGGCGAGCAAGUCCGUCCAGCAGCUGGCGGAGAGGCGCGGCGUCCCACUGCGACUUCACAAAGUCAUCUACAGACUGGUCGACGAGCUGAAAGACGAGCUGAGCAGCAAACUGCCUGCCAUCAUCUCCGAGAGCAUCAUCGGUGAGGCGACGGUGCUCGCCAUGUUCGACGUCACCGUGGGGAAGAAAAAGAUCCCGGUGGCGGGCUGCAGGGUUCAGAAGGGUCAGCUGGACCAGAGACUGAAGUUCAGACUAAUCCGAGGCAGAGACACAGUGUGGGAGGGUUCUCUGUCGGCGCUGAAGCACCACAAAGACGACGUGCAGACGGUGAAGGUGGGGAUGGAGUGCGGUUUGUCGGCGGACGGUCACGGAGACAUCAGGACUGGUGAUGUCAUCGUCUGCUUCGAGGAGGUGGACACUCCGCAGGUCACCUCCUGGGACCCCGGCUUCUGACAGCCGAGAAGCAGAGGAUCAUGGGAAGUGAAGUCCUGUGGACAGAAAGCCUAACAGCAUGCUGACACUGUGACUUCCUGCAGAUGUUUAAAUGUAAUUAUUGAAUCAGAAGAGACUCUCGACUCUUUUAUUACAAACAGGUGACUGUUUGAUGUGUUCUUCAUUUUCUCCUUCACGUCUUUAAAAACUGAACACCUGAAGCUUCCUGAUGUUUUUACACUCACUUUAUGAACUUGAUCCAAAGAUGGAGCCGCUUUACAGAGUUCGAUGAAUAGUGCGCCUGACCCAGAACUUCCACCAGAUAAAUGUGCUUUACGUGUCCGCUCCGCUAUCUGCAACACCCACAGGCUGACAUCAGCACGAGGUUAUACCAUGUUUGUGGUAUAAAGAAACAUAAACACAUCAACACCUAAAA